UAACCAAUCCAUUGACUUGCAUCAAUACUAUUCCUCCUCCUCUGCUCCCAUUCCCACUUUAUAAAACCGCUCCCCUUCCACACAUCUCAUUUCCACCUCACAUCAUCUUCUCAGAGUACAAGCCGAGGACCACCGCGUAGAGCAGAGCAGAGGAGAGCACCCAAGGCAGAAAGCCUUCCUUCUUCUUCUUCUUCUUCUUCUCCGGCGGGCGACCCACCCAUGGCCGUCGACCUGAUGGGACGCGGCGGCGGGUACAGCGCCCCGCGCGCCGAGCAGGAGCAGCAGCGCGCGUUCCAGGACGCCGCCACCGCGGGGCUCCGCAGCCUGGAGCUCCUCGUCUCCUCCCUCUCCCCUCGCGCCGCCGACCGAGCCACGGCAGCCCCGCUCGGCGAGAUCGCGGACCAGACGGUCUCCAGGUUCCGCCGCGUCAUCAACAUGCUCGACCGCACCGGCCACGCCCGCUUCCGCCGCGGCCCCGUCGUCUCUUCCCCAUCCCCCGCCCCAACUCCAUCAAAGCCCCCUCCGGUCUCUUCUUCUUCCCCAGCACCGGCACCGGCACCGGCAGUAGCGCCUGCGCCACCGAAGACGCUCACCCUGGACUUCACCAAGCCCACCAAGGCAGCCGCAUCCGUGACUUCCACAUCCUUCUUCUCCUCGGUCACCGCAGCCGGGUGCGGCGGCGGCGGCGGCGAGGGCAGCGUCUCCAAGGGCCAGGGCCAGAUCGCGAUCUCCUCGGGCAAGCCGCCCCUCGCCGCGGGCACCAAGCGCAAGCUCCAACAGCAACUCCAGCAGCAGCAGCAGCCGUGCGCGAGCGGCGCGCACUCGGACGCGGCGGCGCCGUGCCACUGCGCGUCCUCGAAGAAGCGCAAGAGCCGGGCGUCGAGGCGCGCCGUGCGCGUGCCGGCCACGAGCGCGCGCGCCGCCGACAUCCCCGGGGACGAGUUCUCCUGGCGCAAGUACGGGCAGAAGCCCAUCAAGGGCUCCCCUUACCCGCGGGGAUACUACAAGUGCAGCACCGUCAAGGGGUGUCCGGCAAGGAAACACGUCGAGCGCGCCACCGAUGACCCCGCCAUGCUCGUCGUCACCUACGAGGGCGACCACCGCCACGGCGCCGACCUCCCUGCGCCGGCCGCCAAUUGAUCACAAAAGGAUCCUCCUCCCAUGGCUUCUUCGGUUUCGAUUUGUUCUUUCUAUUAGUAGUUCUGUUAGCCGGCUAGCCCCCCCUUGUGUAAAGGAUCCAUCCAAGAUUAGUAAUGGAAAUGUUCUCAAAUCAAUUUUAUC